ACAAGAGAAGUCGCUGUCGCCACCGUCGGAGCUGUCGCCGCCUCUGCCGCCGCCUGGAGCCUCCAACUCGCCGCCCCCACCCAGCCUGCAGCGCCAUGCCGUCCGAGAAAACCUUCAAACAGCGCCGAACCUUCGAACAAAGAGUAGAAGAUGUCCGACUUAUCCGAGAGCAGCAUCCUACCAAAAUCCCGGUAAUAAUAGAACGAUACAAAGGUGAGAAACAGCUUCCUGUCCUGGAUAAAACAAAGUUCCUGGUGCCUGAUCAUGUCAACAUGAGUGAGCUCAUCAAAAUAAUAAGAAGGCGCUUACAGCUCAAUGCUAAUCAAGCCUUCUUCCUGUUAGUGAAUGGACAUAGCAUGGUGAGUGUGUCCACUCCGAUUUGUGAAGUGUAUGAAAGCGAGAAGGAUGAAGAUGGAUUCCUGUAUAUGGUAUACGCCUCUCAGGAGACUUUUGGAAUGAAAUUAUCUGUGUAAGACUAAAAGAAAAAUGCGUGUUACAGAAUUUUUUAAACCCUUACCAAGGAAUAAAAAAGGGAUGUUACCAA